AUGGGGAGAGGAGGAGGGGGAUUGGACGGGGGAGGAGGAGUAGAGGGCUCGAGGGACCGUCUGUCUCGGGACAGGCUGGCCAGCUGGGGCGCGGAGCCGGGAGGAGGAGGCAGCAGCAGCAGCGCUUGGAGCAGCAGCAGCAGAAACAAGUACCAGCCACAGAGCGGCUCCUCCGGCCCGAGCAGCCACAGUCCCCCGGCCGAGAUGGCGCUGCAAAGCCCGGCGAGCGAGGAAGCUAAAGGGCCCUGGCGGGAGGCAGACCAGGAACAGCAGGAGCCGGUGGGUAGCCCCGAACCGGAGCCGGAGCCGGUGCCAGUGCCCCCACCCGAGCCCCAGCCAGAACCUCAGCCGGAGCCCCAGCCCCUACCGGACCCUGCACCAAUGCCGGAGCUGGAGUUUGAGCCUGAGCCGAUGCACGAACCCGACCCUACACCCACGGUGGAGACCCGCGGCACCGCGCGUGGCUUCCAGCCCCCCGAAGGUGGCUUCGGCUGGAUGGUGGUCUUCGCUGCCACCUGGUGCAACGGCUCCAUCUUCGGCAUCCAGAACUCCUUCGGGAUUCUUUACUCCAUGCUGCUGCAGGAGGAAAGAGAGAAAAAUCGCCAAGUGGAGUUCCAAGCAGCAUGGGUAGGAGCCCUCUCAAUGGGAAUGAUCUUCUUCUGUUCUCCCAUUGUGAGUAUAUUCACUGAUCGUUUGGGCUGCCGAAUCACAGCAACUGCAGGGGCUGCUGUUGCUUUCAUUGGCCUCCAUACCAGCUCCUUCACCAGCUCACUAAGCCUGCGUUACUUCACCUAUGGGAUUCUCUUUGGUUGUGGCUGUUCCUUCGCCUUUCAGCCAUCUCUCGUCAUCCUGGGCCAUUACUUCCAACGCCGUCUGGGUCUGGCCAAUGGUGUGGUGUCUGCUGGGAGUAGCAUCUUCUCCAUAUCCUUCCCCCUCCUCAUCAAAACACUGGGGGCUAAGAUCAAGCUCGCUCAAACCUUCCAGGUGCUGAGUACCUUUAUGUUUAUUCUUACGCUGCUUUCACUCACCUACCGACCCCUCCUGCCAAGCUCGCAAGACACCCCAAGCAAGAGAGGUGUCCACACCCUGUGCCAACGCUUUCUGGCUCAGCUCAGGAAGUACUUCAACAUGCGAGUGUUCCGCCAACGUACCUACCGCAUCUGGGCCUUCGGGAUCGCUGCUGCUGCCCUUGGCUACUUCGUUCCCUAUGUACACCUGAUGAAGUAUGUGGAAGAGGAAUUCUUGGAAAUCAAGCAGACCUGGGUGCUCUUGGUGUGUAUUGGGGCUACCUCAGGCCUUGGGCGCCUUGUGUCAGGCCGUGUCAGUGACUCCAUUCCUGGACUUAAGAAGAUCUACUUGCAGGUCAUCUCCUUCUUGCUCCUGGGCCUGAUGUCCAUGAUGAUUCCCCUCUGCCGGGGGUUCGGGGGCCUCAUCGUUGUCUGCCUCUUCCUGGGCCUGUGUGACGGCUUCUUCAUCACCAUCAUGGCCCCCAUCGCAUUUGAGCUGGUGGGCCCAAUGCAGGCCUCACAGGCCAUUGGCUACCUCCUGGGUAUGAUGGCCCUGCCGAUGAUUGCCGGACCCCCCAUUGCAGGCCUCCUCCGCAACUGCUUUGGGGACUAUCAUGUGGCCUUCUACUUUGCCGGUGUACCCCCAAUCGUUGGGGCAGUAAUCCUCUUGUUCGUCCCUCUGAUGCAUCAAAGGAUGUUCAAGAAAGAGCAAAGGGAUUCCAGCAAGGAUAAGAUGUUGACCCCUGACCCAGACCCCAAUGGAGAGCUGCUGCCAGGCUCCUCUACCCCUGAGGAACCAAUCUAAUGCCUUUUAUUUGCCAUCGUGUGCUCCUCCCCAAACCUUUCCCUUCACCUUGCCCUGCUCGGCAUUUACAUUUUUGCCACCAGCACACUUGUUCCCAAACCUGCACACACAGCAUUUCAGCCACCUGACCAUCCCCUUGGAGCCAAAGCUCCAGGUGUUCCAAACUCAUUAACCAAAUUCUCCCCAUGAAUGCCUUUAAACUUGCCAGGGUUGUCUCCUUCCAGGCUCUAGGAAAGCUUGGGAUCACCCCCUGGCCUUUGGAACCACUCCAUAAACUUUGUAACUCUUGGGGGAGGGGAAGGAUGGGAAUUCCUGGCCCAGCUUGUUAGUCACCCACUAAAAGCAGCUGCCAAAGGUGCUACUGUAUCCCCAGGAGCCUGGUGGGAAGAUCUAAAUCUCUGUGUGCUGAGGAAUUCCUUGACAUCUGUCCUUGGGAACCAUUGAGAGGUGUGGCAGAAAGGGCAUAGAGGUAAAAUGACACAAGGAAUCUUAUUUAGCCUCAGUGUCUCUGAGGGCUGUGGCUUCCCAACAGGUGUGGGUGACAUCAUUUUACAAGUGUAUAGAUAGUCUCUCCAUCAUAAGGUUAGUCAACAGUCUGCCUCCUUCUUUCCUUUCUCCUUGUAUUCCUCUACUGCCUCUUGUCCCUUCUCAUUCACCUCUAUUUCUUUUCAUAACUGUCAUAGACUAAUGGGUGCUUGAAGAAAGGAGGGACCCAGAGCUUGGAACAAUCAACCCUCAUCUUGGCCCAACCCACCCCUAACACUAGCAUCAGUUCAACUCAUCUCAGGCUGAGCUACAUCUCACCAUUUGGCUCAAGCUCCUAUAAUCGACUGGAAUAAUAGAAUAUCACAUAGGAAAGGGACCUUAAACACUAUAAAAUUGCAUUCACUGAUUUUUACAGAUUUUCUGGGCUAAUGCAUUAACCUGCAGGUGGUUCCAGCUCCCCAUCCUUAU